AUGAUAACAGAAUGUCAAAAUGUCGAACAAGGAAAAUUACUCAUUUGGUCACAUAAUAGAAAAAAGGACAUUUGGUCACAUAGUAGAAAAAUACCUAUUUGGUCACAUAGUAGAAAAAAGGACAUUUCGUCACAUAGUAGAAAAAUACCCAUUUGGUCACAUAGUAGAAAAAAAGGACAUUUCGUCACAGACAUUAAAUUAAUUUUAUUUUUAUCAGGAACAGCAUUAGACCGUUCACCAGUAUCAUUUAUCUCCUCAUCAGAACUAACAGCAAAAAAUUUUGAGGAAAACAUUGAAGAGCAUUUAUUCCCUUCGGGUCUACUUUUGUUCUCCUUCUGUGGAUUUCUGCUAGUUUUUCUCGUUGGAAUUUUUCUUUUUCGAAUAUUCAAAAGCUCUGAGAGGGAAAUGUUGUCGUCAUCACACUCUCGAGAAUUACAAAUUGUUUUGGUACCCAAAAAUAGAUUAAUUAAAAAUUCUCCAAUAUUCCCCGUGAAAGAAGAAAAUUUGGAAGAAGAACAAAAAGAAUUGUUGAAUGAACAGCAACAACCUGUGAUUAGUGGAAGGAAAUUAUUCCCCAAAAGAAUUUAUGAAAUACAAGCAGAAGAAGGGUAUUACUCUUGCCCGCCGUCUAUGAGGGCUAGUUUUGAGGCUGAUUAA